GGCCAGUUGUUCGAAAGGCUGUUAAAUUUAACAGUCCGUUAAGUUAACAGCCCGUUAAAUUGACUAACGGACUGUUACUUAACGGACUGUUAAAAAAGUGUUGCUCAAAUGAUUUUAACAGGAGUGUUAACUAACACUCAUGUUAACUUUUAACAGGUGGUUAAAUUUAUUUAACAAGCUGUUAAUUGCCACUGUCUGUCCCACAAUUCCACUUCCUGUCUCCUGCAAAAUGGCAUCUGGCAGCCAAAAUUUAGAGCUUGACAGUAAAAAUACCAAGAAAUCAAAUAAAACCAGAUCAAGCAACUUCAAUGCAGACGAAACCUUAAAGCUGGAAGAGCUGGUAAGGGAAAACUUUGAAACACUUAACUCAAAAUUAACCAACACAGUAACGAAUAUCAAAAAAGCAGAAAUAUGGAGAAGUAUUAGUAUGCAAGUUUCAGCAUUAGGCUAUGCACACCGGUCGGAAAAGACAUGCAUGGAGAAAUGGUCCAACUUAAAAAGAAAAGCAAAAGAAGAAAUAACAAAAGAAAAGAUCCAGAGGAGGCAGACAGGCGGAGGGGCAAGCCAAGGAUCCAGCCAGCAGUCAAAUAGAAUUGCAGACCUGUAUCAAGAUGCUGCAUCAUUUAUGGGCAUUAGUGGCGGCCUUGACAGUGACGAGCCUGAUGGUCAGCAUUUUCUUAGCAAUCAGAAUUCAGAUCUCUAUCAAAACACGGAAUCUGAUGUCAGUGUUAUUGAUAUACAGCCUCCUGCUCCUGUCACACUGCAUGUAGAAACUCCAGAAGGCUCAAAGACUUCAAAACGUCUUUCUGAGAGUAAACUGCCUUGUACCAGACGGGUUAAGAGAAGUAGGAAUGAUGUCUUAGUGGACUAUCAGAUAUCAUACUUUAAAGGCAUGGUUGAACGACAGGGAUUAGAGAAAGAGUUAUUGGAAGUGAAGCUCAGGAUCUUGAAAGCGGCUGAAAAUAAGAUGAAUGAGCUUAAUGCAAGAGAACUUCUAAAUCUGAUAAGCGAACAAUAAUAUUCGGUUAAGUUCAUAACAGCGUAUUUAUUAUUUGACAGCUGAGUUUCUAUUUAUUUCAUUUCUGAGUAUUAUGCAAAAUAUUGAUGCACAAUAAAAUUUCGAACAGU